GGAGCUUCGCGUCUCUUGUCCUUCCUCCCGCCCCUUGCACGUUGCGUGUCCCCAGGAAAUCGAAAGAAACGAAAAAAAAGUCGGCACUCGCGACUCCCGUGCGAAUUUCGUCGUGCAAUUUUUUCCGUUUUUUCUCGUUUUCUUUUUGUUUAUUGCUCAUAUCCGCGAGCUCGCAACUGACAAACGCUGAUAAACGCCAACGAUUUUCAAGCCCUCUAAUCAACAUGAUUCGCGGGGUUACCUGAGCGCGUCCUUUCAGGAAUACCGAACAAAAGAUCGCGCCAGGCCUCCGACUCGAAGGGGCUUUGACUCCGGCUCCGAGUGAAGUUUGCAAAUGCUCUGUGCUCUGUGCACUUCCUUACCCAACUCAGGAUUCGUGUGGACGAUCCAAGGUUACGAGAAACUUGUUCAACGCGCGAACGACGCAAGUAUCGAGAAGCUUGAAGGAUUUAUCGGCGACACCGAAGUCUCUCGAGCGAAACGGACUAUUCCGCUCUUUUACACGACCUUUACUAUUUUAUUUACCCGAUACGCGGAAGCCUCGCUCUAGAAUUCGAUGCAUUCUCGAGGAUUAAGGUCGUUGCACGAACCCUUCCAAAUAAAUAACUCCGUGAAAUCCGCCUUGUACGCCCAUGUUUAUGGAAUUCGGAAUUCCCACGACGAUAUUAUUCCAUUCUGAAUCCCUCGCAUUGCAUCCUCAAGUACUCCGUCAUUCAAACUACUCGGAGUUCAUCGCGAAACGCAAAUGAGUUUAUCAUAAUAUUGGACGAAAGCGUUGGUUUUGUUGAUCUGUAACAAACUUAUCAUCCUCGAUCGCAACUAGUUUUUUUCCUUGAAGAUAAAUCAUAUUUUGUUUAUCACAUUUUAUCGAGUUAUAAUCCUACCACCGCUGUUCCGUUCGAAUCGAUAAAUCCACACGUGCAUCUGUAGACAUGUGUGCGUCUGUGUGUUUAGCACCAACACUUCGAUGCUAAGGAAAAUCUUGAACGUCAAGAAAGCUGUACACGCGAGUGUGAUCGAGCGAACAAUUGCACUAUUCGAAAGCAACAUUGGACACGAUCAAUUAUUGCCGUUUUAGUGACGAUUUUAUGCAAGCGAAAGACGCUACGAGCGCUUAAAAAAUGAUCGAUGAUUCGACAGGAGGUGAAAAAGUGUUUAUGAGUCAAUGAGAGGAAGGCUGCGAUCAGAGAAUUUCGCAGUGGUGCUAACGUCGUAACGGAGAUCGUAAAUAGAGACCUAACCUCUGAUCAGGAGGGUUAAGUGAUUGAGUUAAUUAACGACACUUGCCGCAUUGAAAUUCGAUAGUCUAGACAUAAAGAAAGGCGGGUGUCGUGUCGCAUCAACUUUUCAUCGAGGCACUAAAGAACGGCGACACUCGCAACGAGCACAACGACGAACUAUCGAAGAAUGUUGAAUUUGGAGUGUUGGGGCUUCGUAUUCUGGCACUAACGAAAUAUAUUCAGUGGAAUUUAAGCACGGGGGCCAAUUGAAAAAUCGAGGCAGCUUAAUGUAGAAUGAGAAGAGACGUUUUCUGGAGGUUUUACGCUCCUGCUUUUUUGGAGUAAUUAUAAAUGCGUGGGUAGAGAACGCCACGAGAGAUCACCAGGCGAAUGGAGAUAUUAAAAAGGCGGAUCAAUCACGUCUUCAUUGCUAAACUUGAGAGAGGUACAGAGAUAUCUGAAUAAACAUGCGAAUUGAAGGACACGCAUUGCAUUGAACCGAAAGAGAUGCAGCCGCGUACAGAUUUUAAAUUCUUGGAUCAAUGAAUUUUUAAAUUAUUUUGUGUAAAGAAGCUUGGAAUAUUCGUAGCGAACAACAUCACUCAGUGGACCAACUUAACAAAUCAUACGAUUUGAGAAAAUAUAAAUCUAUUUUUUCCUCUAUACACAAGACCAAUUCGGGAUAAAGGGAACCACGUAAAUAAAUAUUACUAAAUCCGACCAAUAGACAACAAACAAAUAGAAAAUAUUUGAGAAUAAUUCUUGCGAAACGACCAAUUCACCCAACUGAUCGCUGGAUCAUCAUUUCAAUGAAUUAUUUUGGAAAAAAGGUUUUUUGAAAACGAGUAUCACGACCCGAAGUACUUUCCUACGGUCAUAAUACUAAAAAGAACAACGGAAGAAUAGCAAGAAAAUCGAUGAAGGGCAUUUCUAUUAAUCAGAAACCGGGCACCAAUAAAAUUGUGAAGAACGUUGUGUCAAUUAUUACGAAGCAUUUGAAAUGUAUGGAGAUAAUGACCGGAGAGAUCGAAAAGGAACAGAAUAAUUCUCUUUUGUCUCCCAUCCUGAUGUUGGAACCUGCUUUAACAACCAAAUUCAUUCACGAUGCGUGAAUGAAUUGGACCAAAUAGUUAUAAACCGAUAAACCGGAUUGAAAUUAAGACCAAAUCGGAGAGCACGUUUGUAGUUGUUGAAGAAAUAGGAUAAAUCUUCUAAAAGAGGAUUCAAUAUCGUUUCAUCGUCGUCGUCACAGCGAUCCACAUCUCAUCCGGAAGACUGAAUUGAAAACACCCAGCACCAUGAUGGAUUGGGGCAUCAGACGCUCGAUAAUGUUCCACGUGAGAAGAAGACCGGCGGAUUACGUGCCGCGAAAGCGAAAAAAGAAACCGGCAGGAAAAUGGGGCGAAUACGAUCACAGGUACGAGGACGAGAGGUUGCCGUUUCUUCUCGAGCUCAAUCCGGAUGGUACGGAUAUACCAAAUGGCACAGGAGUCCGGCAUCGUUUGCAACCAAACGUGACGGAAGUUGGAUCGGAAAGACCAAUUGGGCCACAAGCGGUACAGGCACAAACUCUGACGCUAUCCGGCUCGACGGUUAUGCCGAGGCAUUGCGUUAUCGCCUUCACCGAAAACAUCGUCACUCUUACUCCUUGCUCGAGGGAUGCUCAUACCUAUGUGAAUAAUCAGAGGAUAACACAGACGACAAUUCUUCAGAACGGAGCCAUCAUCAAAUUCGGACGAAUGCACACCUUCAGAUUCAUCGACCCUGCACCAGAAGAUCGCAUGAGACAACGCCACGACUCCAACAGACAAAUGGAUUACACGUACGACAGACGUUCGCCAGAUGCUAAUAGUCAGGAGGUCAGCUCGGAAAAGUACAGAUCUGGAUCAGGCACACCAAACGGUGGCAACAGCUCGAACCCACCGAGCCCGACGAAAUCAUCAGCCGCGAGUCCUCGCACAUCCUCCCAUAAUGCACAAGCACCCGAGGGCACACACAAUUAUGAGACGACCUUCGACCUUGAUGGCAAUGUGGAGACUGCCAGUCUAACGAGCAGUCGGGAUGGCAACAGGCUUUCGCAAUACGAGCGUCAACAACAGCAACAGCAGCAGCAGCAGCAACAACCGAGGGGAACGGAUCCAAUAUUGCCGGCCGUGCUGGAGUUCCUUGAGGAAACGGAAGAGGCUUUUCUUCACGCUGUUAUAACGGACGUUGAGCCAUCGGCCCCGCAGUUCAAGCUCUCACCGACUUACACUCUCUAUUUGGCGGCGAGAUAUCGCGCAAGUACGCACUAUCGGCCAGAGCUGCAGCCGACCGAGCGUGCACACAGACUGACAGUGAUGUUGGCGAAAGUGGCGACGAUGAUACAGCGAGUGAUACAAGAGCGUUACAUGGAUGCAUCCUCUUUGGCGCUCUGGUUGGCUAAUGGAUCAGAGCUUCUGCAUAUGCUCAAGAGCGAUCGUCACGUUGGAGCUUUUUCGACGAGAGCUCAGGACAUAUUGGCGGACGCGGUGCACACGGCAUUCGCGUCACUCGUACGCUGCAUUUCCCUCGAGCUCGCACCAGCGAUGUCACAAUUUAUGGCCGACGCCGACGAGCCCGCCAAAGAGGCUGGUGUUUUGCAAAUAUUUUCCAACACAAUGGCCCUCCUGAGACGAUGUCGGGUCAAUGCCGCCCUCACCAUACAAUUGUUCAGUCAUCUCUUCCACGCUAUAAACUCGACGGCCUUCAACGCUCUCGUCUCAAACGGCAAUCUCUGCGUCAGAUGGUUCGGUCGCAGGCUAAAAGCUCGCUUGAACGCCCUCGAGACGUGGGCCGAACGACAAGGCCUCGAAUUCGCCAGUCAGUGUCAUUUAGCCACGAUAAUGCAGGCCACUCAUCUCCUCCAAGCACCCAAGUACAAUGCCGAAGAACUCGCCACUCUGAGCUCCACUUGUUUCAAAUUGAAUUCCCUCCAAGUACGCGCUCUCCUUCAAAAGUAUCAACCCGCCGCCGACGAACCAAGACUGCCCGCCGAAUUGAUCGAAAAUGUCGUCAGAGUUGCCGAAAGCGUUGCCGACACCCUCGCCCGGGCCGAUGGCCGCGAAAUACGCCUCGAGGAAGAAACCACUUUGGCUCUCGCUCUUCUUUUACCCGAGGAUGGAUACAGCUGCGAAGUUAUCAGAGGUGUCCCACCUGGCUUGGCCGAAUUCCUCAUGCCCCUUCAACGCGAUGGUCUGUGUAGAAUGGCCCCCCAACCUACCAGCAGCGGCUAUUGGACCAUAUACAUGAUCGAUCAUCAUAACAACUUACGGAGUCCGAGUGCAAUGAGCAAUCGAUCAGGCGGUUAUUCCGGUCACGUUGGACAGAAUCACGGCGGACAGCCGGAAAUUCAGAUCAUCAAGUUACACAAGUCGACGAAUGGAAUGGGACUGAGUAUUGUUGCGGCAAAGGGUGCUGGCCAGGAUAGGCUUGGCAUUUAUAUAAAGAGCGUGGUCGCUGGUGGUGCUGCAGACGCGGAUGGAAGAUUAACAGCCGGUGAUCAACUGCUCAAAGUAGACGGACAAAGUUUGGUCGGAAUAACGCAAGAAAAAGCUGCCGAGUAUUUGGUGCGAACAGGCCCGAUCGUGACGCUAGAAGUCGCUAAACAGGGUGCCAUAUAUCAUGGAUUAGCCACGUUGCUGUCACAGCCAUCUCCCGUUAUGACCAGAGCAGCGCACAAGGCCCGACCAAAGUCGGAACAGUUAGAGCCUCCGCGACAUAUGGAAAUGCCGCCGCAGCCGUCAACCUCGCACUCGAUGGGAAAUCUAUUGACGAUGCCGCGACAACAAAAUCACGUUUAUCAAGAGCGUCUCGUCGAUUGGAACGUAGAUCGCGUGCCAAUACCAGGUGCGACAGUAACACAAGUUGAAAAAGCGAAGACGCAAUAUUUUAAUAAUUACGAAUUUGCUAAUAAUGCGUAUCAGAGUCAGAGCAUAGGUCAUCAUCAUCAUCACCAUCAGGACGCGAAUUCAACCGGACAAAUGAAAUUAUUGUCGUCGCGUCCCCCAAUUCUUAAUAAUACUUACUUAACGAUGUAUCCGAUCGACGAGUCACCUCGCGACGAGGAUUAUACGAGAUCCUGCAACCAUCGGACCAAUAACAAAAGGCCAAUUCCUAUUAUACAAGAGCCUAAUCAGAUGUUCCUAACUAUUCCGAGCCAAAUCGAGCGUUAUCCUCCUUAUCCCGUGAGAAAUAAUGAGCAACAUUGUCAGAUGCUUGAUGAAACGACGUGCGAUCCGCAGUUCGGUUAUUACAGCAAGGAUAAGACUGAAUUAACGUUCCCGGCGUUAAAUCGUUCCCGAGACAGCUUAAAUUCGUACGAAUGUGCUGACACCACGAGAGACACGUUCUCCUUUGAGAGCGAACCGUCGAUACCGUUCAUCGACCAGCUCGAUGAAAGUUAUCAAGUCUCCAGUAGAUCCGAAGAGAAUAUACUGUCGUCCAGUUGGUCAGCUGACAACCGAAAUUCAGCGAGAAAAUUCGCAUACGAAUCCAACAGAGAUUCCAACAAUUUGCAUAUCAACCUCAUGAAGUGUCAUCACGCGAGUCGCGGUUGCCCACAGUUGACGAAUCCUCGUCCCAGCAGUGCUCUUCAACAACGCACAAGAGAAAUCGACGAAAGAACGAUAAGAACAAACAGCCUGGACCGAAACAUUGGUGAAAUAAGAUUAACGACCGCGCGCUCGUCCCUCGGUGAUAUCGAUGUUUCAGCAACGAGUGGAAAUGUCAUAGUGACUCACUGUUGUUGCCACGGUCACCUGACUCAUUGUCAGGCUCACGAAACUAUUGAGGUUGAAACUGACAGGAAAAAUUCGCCUACCACAGAGACAAACGUUACCGAGCCGGAGGACGAUAGCAACGAGAGUUCUGAGAGUGUUGACAGUCGCAUCGAGCCAUCCAGCGAAGAAAAAGAAGAAUUAAAUUCUACAAAGAUGCGAGAUAUUAUGCCAGAAUUGAACUUGGAUUUGAGCGGUUUGAAUAGCGACGUAUCCAGCGACGAUUCAAACGUUCGAGAAAAAUGCUGGCGCUCCCCGGACGAAGUGAGACUGGGAUGCGGCAGGGUGGCAGCAUUGGCCAAACAUUUUUCCAAACUCGGUGAAGCUGGUCUGAUCAAAUUCAAGUCUAUUAAACUGAGCGCUUCGAGACAAUUCGUCUCCGAGCCUGACAUCGCCUCACCAAGGAGUCCCGAAAUCUCGGGACACAAGAGAUCGAACAGAAAAGAGUACAAAUCCGAGGGUGAUCUCUCGAAAGCGGACAAAAGCAUUGCCACCACGCCCGAGAAAGAGUGGAGCAUGAUUUUACUCGAUAUUCAAACAAAAAACGAGCUGGACAUGAGAGUUCUCUAUGAGAAAACCGAUGGACUCGAUGAGAGUAAAGUCCAGUGUGAGGAAGGUGUCGACGACGCGCCAGGCGAAUUGAAAAAAAGUAGCUCAAAGCUCUCCCUCGCCGAGCAGCAAGAAAUAAUACAACAGUUGAAGGAAUUUGCAAACUUGGACAAUGCCGACGCCCCUUUGUUCAUCCCGGAACACGAAGAGCCGAUAUCGGAGGUUGUUCAUUAUUCAAAAGCUUCGAGCUCCGCUAAAGAAACAAUGACAGAGUCCAUCGAAAGCUUGAACGAUCAACAUGGCGAUGCGACUCGAGCGCCGAGGUGUAGCAAAAUUGUUGGUAAAAUGACUCUCGAACAUUUUCGGAAGCAUUCUUUGCCGACGAUUUUGAGUACUUUCGAUGUAACGCCGAGUCUUGAAUGUUGCAGUAAAAAAGUCAAUAAGUUGGAAAAAUAUUGGUCAUUGAAGGAUUUGAUGGCAAACGAUGAGGAUGCACGGACCGAGACUCCAAACGACACCGAGCAAUCACCGAAAUACUUUAUUUUUCCAACGAGCUCGAGAGUCGUUUCCGCACCGGAAAUAACGAACGAAACGAUAAAUAUAUUUCACACGCGAUCGUUAAAUUCUAGUGGUAAUUUAACGAUACGCAGUACCAUCUCAAUUAGCGACGAGCAUCUCGAGAAGCCAGUGUCGAGCGCACCGGCCGAGAAUUCAAACGAUUCAAAAAAGUUGGAGCGAGCAUCGAGUCCGAUUAUUUUUCGAGACUCAUCCGCGCAAGGUUUGAAGAAAGAACCUCCCAAAACUAAAUUUCCCGGUAGUUUUAUCAGAACGAGAAAACUCUCGAAGAGCCAGGACGCUCUGGGGGAGAAAAAAACUAGUGUAAGUUUAACAGAAUUCACAGGAAAGCCCGUGGCACGAUCUUUGGAAAAAAUUUCUCUUCCCAAAAGUGACACAAUUAUCUCCAAUAUGAAUAAACUGCACGAAUGUGAAAAUUCAAUGAGCCGCAACGAUUGCCCGCUGACAGCUGGCACGAGUGGUGCUUGUCGUAUGAGAGAACGUUCGUCCAAGCAAAACUCUAAUUAUUACAACACAAUACCGAUCAAGAGCAGUGCUAAGAUGGGAAAACCUGUGAGAAAAAAAUCUUUAAUCGUAAGAAAAAGAUCAAAGAGCGACAUGGACGUGUCCGAGAGAAAACCAACACCCAGAUUCGAGCGGGGAGAUUGGAUAUUUCGCGAUUUUCCACCGUUGGAAAUCGAUGCGGAAUCUCGACCUCGUCGCAUGAGCGAACGCGAUCUACCAUCACGGCUCGGCCACGAACCGACUCCCCAGCAAAUUCAUAGCAGCAAGUCUGUCCCGGCCCUGCAUAAUGUAGGGACAGAGGGAAAGCAGCAGCACGAAGUAUUCAAUCCCGGAUACAGCCGUGCCUCGUCGAGUAACAGUGUCACUCCACCCGUCCAACCACCCCCAAUGCCAGCUAUGAACGGUGCAACUUCCCUACGCUCUCGAUCGAGCCAUAACUUGCACGAUCCUAUGAGAGUAGGCACACUACCACCGAGCGGGCUGGUCAGUCGACAACAAUCGUCGCCCAAUCUUACGCCAAGUCAGAUGCAUCCUAAUAUGCCAACUAAUAUGCAGAGCAACGAAGCUGAGAGGUUUUACCAAAAUUUGAGCGUUUACAGAAAUCAAGAUCCGACGAUGAAACAACAACCAAGUCCACCGAAUCCUGGUGACGAUAGGAGUCCGUUGCACACGCAAAAAAGUUUGCGGGGAUCGCAGAACUCGCUGAAUCGGCCAACCCCGGAGCUCAAUCAGGCGCGUGAUCGACCAAUCUCAGCUUACAUUCCGCAGGCUCAACAGCCAACAGGAUAUCCGAGCAAUCAGAUGCAGCAUCAAGGCCCACCGCCGAGAUCUCAAUCGUCGCGCGAUAUAAUACGCCAAGAGGCGAAGCUGCAAGAAAUGCAAGAAGAAGUUAGGCGUCGUGAGCUCAGAGGAAGCGGACCGUCGGCUCUGAAUCAAUACAGACCGAAUAACUAUAGCGCGAGAGCGAUAACAGCGGCGCAGACAGCGAACGCGAUGAGACCAUCGAGGCCGAUUGGUUCGACGCCAAAUUUGGGUCCAAAUUCACCAACCUACUCGACACGACCAAUGGGACCUAAUUACGGUUACGCCGAGCAGUAUCAGCAGUACGGUCAAUUCGGCAACAAACAUUCGCAAGCUACGAAUCAUUAUGGUCUAAUACCAAAAAGUAAGAACGAGCCGGUACGAGCUCAUCCAAUGGAAAACGCAAGAUCUCCUGGCGAUUACGAUCCGAACCGCCAAGUGAUGGAGCAUAAUCGUCAAUUCGGUAGUGGAUCGUUGAACGGUCCUCAGUAUUCAAACGGACCCGGUGACGUCAGGAACGGUCAACAGCCAAACGAGAAUCUCCACGGUCGAACUCAAAACGGCGAUGGAAGUUUGAUGAUGAAUGCCGAUAGUAUAGCCCCCUCAAGGCCCAUGUUGUCAGAGGAUGCCUACAGGGAGAGUCCGCCCCCGCCGCCGCUGAACACUUCAACGCAUCCGUUGUACAGUAAACCCACCGCGGAUUCUACGCGAUACACGGCUAGCAUGCAAGACCCGCCUCGUGGUGGUUACUAUCCGGCGCAAGGAGCUACGCAACAACAGCAGCAACAGCAGCAAACACAAGCCCGUCAGUAUCAAUAUAGCGCAACGAAUCCUUGGCAACGCGAGGAAAGAGAAAAAGAACAAGCGCGACGUAGAGAAGCAGCGAGACUGUGGAGAGAUCAACAAAUCGCAGAGCUGAGUUCUUUACCGCAAAGAACUUCUCAACAGGAGGAACAGCUUCGAGCCCUUCAAUUGGAACGUGAUUUCCAGAAGAGGGCGGAAGAAGCGGCCAAUCAACAGGAUGACGAUGACGAAAGUAACGAUCUAGAUAACGAGAGUGCUCAAAGGGUUCAAGGAUUGCUUAGGAUGGCUGCUAAUCAGGAUAGAAACAAUCAACUCAAUCAACAACAACAACAACAACAUACGUUGAUGAGGACGAACGCGAAUAAUCAAUCGAUACGAGGCACUCUGUCGCCCCAACCGGUCGGCAGUCAACUGCAGUCGACCAGUAUCCCGUUGCAUACUGCAACUAGUCAGCAAGGAUCGGCCCACGGAUCGGGAAAUUCAUACACCGGACAAAAUGACGGAACGAAUUUGCACAAUCAGCAAACUUCCAAUCAAAAUACAUCGGGUCAGCAACCACCGAUGUCACCGACUUAUGGAUCGACGAUGGGACAACAAUUUAUCAAUAACGCCAAAGGCAGCACUACUUCGUCACAGCAGAUGAACGAGGAACGUGAGAGACAACGGAGAAUAGACGAACUGAAAAAAAUACAAGCCGAGUUCGAUGAGAGUCAGCGAAAACGCGAGGAUGAAAUUAGGCAACAACAACAACAGCUUCAGUUACAUCAACAGCAGAUGCAACAAUUGUACGCCCAACAACAGCAACAUCAACAGCAACAACAGAUGCAAUCGAACUUGAAGAGCCAGCAACAAUUGCAUCCGGGAAUGUUGAGACUCGAUAAUCUUGUUAUCAACGGCCCGAGCUCACCACCCUCCUCACAAAACGGCAGCAACGAUGCUCCACCUCCACCCGAGCGUGGUUCGAGUUACGCUGUAAUGUCACAACAAAGUGCCCUACGAUCGAACACCUCGACGACCUCGAACGUACCUCUCGGUUCACAUCCGACUGCUACGAUAAAGAGAGUCUCGUUCCACGAUCCAAACGCGAAUAUCGAACCACCGCGCAACGUUUCAUCAGUCACUUCGAGCACCCCUUCCUCCAUUACCAUGGACACGAUAAGAGAGGACCCAAACAAUUUUAUAAAUGACGCGGAAAAUCUCCUCGCAUCCCCUAAUACCCCAGAAGGACCAGGUGGACAAUUCCAGGGAGCAACGCCCGGUGUCAUUGGAGCUCAAGAGGUUUAUAAAGAUCCAAGACAAAAACGCCUUGCCGAGAAGCAGAAACAACAGCAAAAUUCCCAAUUAGGAGAAGUACCGGAGAAGUUAAGUUUCAAGGAGAAAAUGAAGAUGUUUGCAAUGGAAACUGGAGAAGAUGGUACCCCACGGGACAAAGUGAAGAUUUCGCGUGCCCAACGCGAUAUCGAUAAUAUUGGAAGUCCUUUGAGUCCAAAUAACAACAAUCGAAGCUAAAUGAAAGAAAUGGAUAGACCAAUAAUAAUAAAUGAUGAUCGUUGAUAAAAAACUGUAGGAAAUCUGUUUCUCCGAGCUCAAUGCAACCGAACAAUUAUUAGUUUUAAAGCUCCCGCGGAAAUGAAACUCUACCGAAAGUUCUUUUUACGAAGCAAAAAGCCGUGCAAACAAUUCCUCGAUUUGAGAGGGAUUAACGACAAAUCUUUCACAAACAUUGUAUAUAUUCGAAGCAGGACAAAACUAUCAGCCGCCUACCACUGUUGUUUUAUAUUUAAGUUUAUAUCUAUACAUACAAAUGUCUUAAAAACAUUAUACAACAAAAACGAUCAUGAUUCACCAAUUAACCGCACAACGAUGUGCGUUGAUAUAAUCUUUUUUCGCUCCAGAGCUACUGUAUUAUAUAAAAUUAGAUCUCUGUAUACAAAAUUGUAUUUUUAAGCUAAAAAUUAGCUAUACGAAUGACGGUCGAAUGUUACGUUUGUACAGCAUAUUUCUGCAAGCAUAAGCGGGGGAGUUUUCAGAAUCGUGAAUGCCUAAAAGAUUCUCUUGCACUUGCGUGAAGUGAAAUAGAUAAUUUUUUUCCUAUUUUUCAAGAGUUAUGUUAGCCUUUUCAUAUUUUUUUUUCACUUCACGAGGCAACUCCCUUGUAAGAAGGGGAAAAUCAUUGGAAUCGGACGUUAUGCAAGCCUACUCAAACAUGUUAUUUUUUGUUUCUAUCAUUUUACGAUUUUUCCAAGAUGCUUUACAUACCGAACGGUAAAGCGAUAAUCAAAUUAUUUAAGAAGUAAUAGUAGUAUACCCUAUAAGUACACUGUAUUCACUCGAAUAAUGUUAAUCGAAGAUGAAAUGGAGUGAGAAAAAGAAGGCAGGAAGAGCGGUACACGAAGUUGUUGGAGUACAAUGUUAUGAAACGUAUUCACAGAAGAAAUAGUAGAGUAGAUAAGAUAAUUGACGAGGGAUCACGAUGGGCAGUGCUCCAAAGAGUUUUGUGCCCGAUGCUAAGAAUAAAGCAUAGCAAUAUUAGUGGGUAUUAAGAGAUUAAGAGAAAAAAAAAGAUUUUAAAAAGACUCUAUGAAUGACGAUUAAACGUGCGAACUCAGAUGCGUUGCGGUACGUGGCAAUAAUAUUCUUCGUUGUUUUAAAUUUUCCACUAUCAAGAAUACAACAUGAAUAUAUAACAUCUAACGAGCUCAAAAUUACAACAAAUUGACUCACCCCAUUAUUUAAUAGAUUCUCUCAAGAGUUUAUUAUUGCAUGACGAAAAUAUUCAAAGUGGCAUUUAUUAAACGAUCCACUAUUUUCUUAUCUUCAAGCAUUCGUAUUUCAUCUUGAUACAAGUUUUUGGAUCUGCCUGAUUGUACAGUUCAAAUGCCACACUUAACGAAUCUUAGUUUAUUCACAGUUUUCGUGAAAACAAAUCUGUAGAUAUGUCCUCAAUAUUAUAUGUGAUAUAAAGAGUAGGGGCUUUGUUUAUGAGUGCAAGGACUCAUGUAGAUUAGAUCAAAUCUAGAUGUGCGUCCAAACGAAGUAAAAAAGGAGAAGAAAAAAAAACGAAGAAAGAAAUUAUUAGGUCAAAUUUGUUGACAUAUAUAAAUAACAGUAUAGGAGAACAGUAUUUCUGGCCUAUUCAAUUGCCUAUGAGAUGAUAGCAUGAAAAAGGAAAAAAAAAGGAAAAAAAAAAUAUCAAAUAUUGUUUGAGCAUCUUUGAUUUUUAUGGUUAUGCGCACUAUCAUUUACGAAAGUAUUUCUCUAUUUAUUUUUUAUUACUUUUUGUUUGUUUCAUUGAAGAAAAAUCCGAUAGUGAUAUAUCGAGCAGCUCGUUAAUAAAUGUUAAUUAUACAAAACGAAUAAUAAUUAAAAAAAAAAAAACAACUAGAAAAAUACAAAAAAAACGUGUAUACAACCGACUAUGAUUCGCGAUUUUGAUCUACUACUAUAAAUUUCAUCGCGAAUUUGUUCUGGCUCGGUGUAGGCCUUAUAGUGCAGCAUAGGCAGCCAUAUUAUAGUCAAGACAAGAUAUAGUUCAAUUUUUUUCAUAUUUCUCGAUACGUAGAUAACAAUAAUAAAGUAGAUUGCUUAUCGAUCGCGUUAGAAUGACCAUUGUUUUUACUAAUAAUUAAAAAUUGUGUAUCUACGAAAAAAAAGAAAAAUUCGUUCGAACGAGAUCGACAUAUAUAUUAUAUAUAUAUAUAUAUAUAUAUAUCUAGAUAUAUCAAUAUAUUAGCAAAUGAUGAAGUAAAAAUUACACAUACACCCACAUUCUCGUAAAACGAUGCAUAUGAGUACAUGUGUGCGUAUGUGUAUGAAAUUCCUUGUUGUGUAUAGCGCGCGUAUUGCACUAUAUUUUGUAUUACUGUUUUAAUUAUCCUUCAGCAACCGAGUCGAUUUUUGGCCGUUCUUCUCUUUUCCACCAUAUUUUUAUUUUUUAUUUUUAAAUCGCGAAGAUGCGAAAAUUACGAUCAUCGACUUUAUCAUUAUUAAUGCAUUCUACUUACAUUAUUAAUUGUACUUUUAGAGAACACACUAUAUUUUUUAAUUAUUGUAUUAUGUCAUUAUACAAUUGAGAUAUGAUAUAGACGAGAAAUAAAUAUACCAUAUACUAAA